AUGAUGAAUAAUAAGGUUCAUCCAAUUCCUCCUCGUACUCGAGUUGGGAAAUAUCAGUUGGGGAAGACGAUUGGAGAAGGAAGCUUUGCGAAGGUGAAAUUGGCGAAGAAUGUUGAGAAUGGAGAUUUUGUUGCCAUCAAGAUUCUUGAUCGUAAUCAUGUGCUUCGUCAUAAUAUGAUGGACCAGCUGAAGAGAGAAAUUUCGGCGAUGAAGAUGAUUAAUCAUCCGAAUGUUGUCAAAAUAUUUGAGGUGAUGGCAAGUAAAACAAAGAUUUACAUUGUCUUGGAGUUGGUUGAUGGAGGAGAAUUAUUUGAUAAAAUUGCUACACAUGGGAGGCUUAAAGAGGAUGAAGCAAGAAGUUAUUUCCAACAGCUAAUCAAUGCGGUUGAUUACUGCCAUAGUAGAGGCGUGUAUCAUAGAGAUUUGAAGCCGGAGAAUCUUAUGUUGGACACAAACGGUGUUCUUAAAGUUUCAGAUUUCGGAUUAAGUACAUAUUCGCAGCAGGAGGGUGAACUUCUCCGCACGGCUUGCGGAACGCCGAAUUACGUUGCUCCUGAGGUGAUUAAUGAUAGAGGUUAUGUUGGUUCAACUUCUGAUAUAUGGUCCUGUGGAGUUAUUCUCUUUGUGCUUAUGGCCGGAUACUUGCCGUUCGACGAGCCGAAUCAAAUUGCGCUUUAUAGAAAAAUUGCUAAGGCUGAGUUUGCAUUUCCGCCGUGGUUUUCACCCGAGGCAAAGAAACUGCUCAAGUCCAUCCUUAAUCCAAACCCUCUCACGAGGAUAAAAAUUCCGGAACUCUUGGAAGAUGAAUGGUUCAAGAAAGGAUACAAGCCCGCAUCUUUUACCGAGGAAGAUGUCAAUGUAGACGAUGUUGCUGCUGCUUUCAACGAUUCUAAGGAAAAUCUUGUGACAGAGACUAAAGAGAAACCUGUGUCGAUGAAUGCUUUCGAGCUUAUUUCUAGAUCACAGAGCUUCAAUCUUGAUAACUUAUUCGAGAAGCAAAAGGGAGUUGUCAAGCGCGAAACUCAUUUCACUUCACAACGCCCCGCGAAUGAAAUCAUGUCUAAGAUCGAAGAGGCUGCAAAACCUCUCGGAUUUAAUGUUCACAAGCGAAAUUACAAGAUGAAGCUUCAAGGUGACAAAAGUGGAAGAAAAGGUCACCUUUCAGUGGCUACUGAGGUUUUUGAAGUGGCUCCCUCCUUGCAUAUGGUGGAGCUGCGAAAGACGGGCGGCGACACACUAGAGUUUAACAAGUUCUACAAAAUAUUUUCAUCAGGGUUGCAAGACAUAGUGUGGCAUAAUGACAAAAAGUAA